UUGCAGGAUUACAGUUUCCAGUCAGAUGAAACUGUGGAAAUCAAAAAUGAAGAAUCGCAGCGAACAUUUGGACAAUUAAGCAAUCCACUUGCUGACGAAAUCAGUGAAGGGUCGGGCAAUCAGCAGUCAUUUGUUAUAGACGAAAAACCGGUGAAGGAACUUCGUAUGUGGCACGACAGCCAAAUGGAUCCGCCAACAACUGACUGGCCAACUGUAACCCAAGUGGUGUUAAUUGGUGUUGGAAUUGGUGGUGUCAUUGGUGUUGGAUACUAUUUUUACUGGAGACAUAAAUGA